AUGAUCCCUUUUCUCCUCCUUCCCCUCCUCGCACAGGCUCAAUCCCAGCUCCCGCUCAAGCUAGACGAACCCUGGUCCUUGAAGUAUGGCGCCCAAAAAGACAUGGGAUUCUCUGGAAUCACCAGCUACGCCCACCUGCCCUACUACAAAUGCCUCGAAGAUGCAUCGCACUCCUUCGAUAUCGCUAUCCUUGGUAUGCCAUUCGAUACCACGACGUCGUACCGUCCUGGUGCGCGUUUCGGGCCAUAUGCAAUCCGGAGUGGGAGCAGGAGACAGUUGAUCGGGGACUACUCAUGGGAUCUGUCUUGGGAGACUAAUCCAGGAAGACUGGGCUCAGAGAUAAUCGAUUGUGGAGAUGUCCCGGUGACGCCAGUGGAUAACGCAAAAGCUAUCGACCAAAUGGAAGUCGCGUACACGACCUUACUGAACAGGCAUGGAGUCGGGGCUACUAGGACAUCGGGGCUGGCGAAAGACGGCUUGGAACAUCCACGUAUCGUAACGCUAGGCGGCGACCAUACGAUUGUCCUUCCCAUCUUACGCGCUCUGUACAAAAUAUACGGCCCCAUCUCCGUCAUCCACUUCGACUCCCACAUGGACACUGGUACCGUCGAAGGGCGGACUGACCAAGAGCGUAUCACCCACGGAUCGUACUUCACCAUCGCUUAUGAAGAGCAUCUGAUGACCAACACGAGUAUACAUGGAGGUAUCAGAAGCAAGAUGCGCGGCCCAACACAAGUCACCCAUGAUGAGAGUGUGGGCUUCCAGGUAAUCAGCGCGGAAGAUAUCGAUGAUUAUGGGAUCAAGAACGUAAUUAAGGCGAUCCGAAAGCGCGUUGGUGAUGGUCCAGUAUACUUGAGUCUCGACAUCGACGUUAUAGAUCCCGGAUUGGCUCCAGCCACCGGAACACCGGAAGCCGGCGGAUGGACCACACGCGAGAUGAAGCGGAUUAUCCGCGGCUUGGCAGGGCUCAACUUUGUUGGCGCUGACAUCGUCGAAGUUGCGCCAGCUUACGACCACGCGGAUAUCACUGGUAUCGCAGCCGCCGAUCUAGUGCAUGAUUUUCUGGUGGCCAUGCAGAUUGAUGAACCACCAAAAGCUGGACAUAAGGGGUCUCCAUGGGCGGUCGAGGAUCUUCUGCAUUAG